UCUAGUUUCUUCCUUCUACGCAUAACAUGGCUUCCACCAAAAUGCUCGCGGCGGUGCUAAUGUUGACGGCCACGGCCACGGCCACCGCCACGGCCCAGUCCAUCUCCUGCGCUGCGUACCUCAACUCCACAAAACCGCCCGCCUCCUGCUGCGACGCGCUCAAAGAAAGCGUGACAAAAGAGCUGAGUUGCCUCUGCAAACUCUAUAAGAAUCCGGAAGUGUUGAAGUCCCUGGGAGUGAACAUCACUCAGGCGCUUCAGCUUCCCAAGCACUGCGGUAUAAGCAACGACGUCAGCGCCUGUGACAAAGAUUCCACUCCUAAAUGCUGCGGUAGAUUCAGAGUUUUGGUGUCUCAACUGUUGCAGCUUUUAAUGGAGGUGUUUCAAUUCUGAGCAGCAGCGCAGUUAGACCUCAGAGUACGUGUUGUUUGCAGAACACUGCACUGUUAGUUGUACUUGAGAAUUCUGAUAUGAAUUUGGCAUAUAUAUACACAUAAUAUCCUGUGAUUAUUGAAAUAUUCUUUUAGCUGAAAAUAAAGCUUAAGAAAA